CGUUCUACCAAUCAAAUUCAAGUGCAGUUGGAUCUCGAAAUAGAAAAAACUUUACGCAGGUUAUGAAAGGAAGCUCGCCUCAACACCAUGGCUAUUGCACGACAACAAACACUCAAGGAGCUUGCUGCUCCUAAUGUGGAAAAUCAGCCACUGUGCAUAAACAUCGACAAUAAUGUAAACUUUGAGCUCAAAUCUGGUUUUAUACAUUUGCUACCAACAUUUAAUGGUCUUGCAGGAGAAGAUCCUCAUACUUAUCUCAAGGGGUUCCAUAUGGUUUGUGUUGGCAUGAAACCGAACGGAGUUGAUGAAGAACAGGUUAAGUUGAAAGCUUUCCCUUUCUCUUUGAAGGGGGCAGCAAAGGCAUGGCUUUUCUCUAUUCUCCCAGGAUCUAUUGGAACUUGGAAUGCCAUGAAGAAGAUUUUCCUUGAGAAGUAUUUCCCAGCAUCUCGAGUUGCCAACAUAAGGAAAGAAAUAUGUGGGAUUCGACAAUCUCAUGGAGAGACUCUUUCCGAGUAUUGGGAAAGAUUUGAGCAACUAUGCAUUCAAUGCCCUCAUCAUCAAAUAUUCGAUCAGCUGCUCAUUCAAUAUUUCUAUGAAGGAUUGAUGCCUACUGACCGUAGUAUCAUUGAUGCUGCAAGUGGAGGCGCAUUCGUGGAUAAGACACCUGAGGCUACACGCCAAUUGAUCUCAAACAUGGCAGCCAACUCAAAACAGUUUGGCAUGCGUGGAGACUUCUCCAACAAACGAGUAAAUGAGGUAAGUAUUUCUAACAUUGAAAAUAAAGUUAAUGAUCUUACUUCUCUUGUGCAUUCUUUGGCUUGUGGAAAUGUGCAGCAGAUGAAAGUUUGUAGCAUAUGCUCCUUACAAGGACAUGCUUCGGAUAUGUGCCCAACAAUGCAAGAAGAUUACAUUGAACAAGCUCAUGUAAUUGAUGAAGCAUUCAACGAACAGCCCCAGCGUAAAUAUGAUCCCUUUUCCAACAUGUACAAUCCCUGAUUGAGAGAUCAUCCCAACUUACGCUAUGGGAACCCACCUCAACAAGGCAAUCAAGGCCGACAGUUCCAUCCCCAUGGAUUUCAAUCCUAACAGAAUUAUCAAGCAAGACAACCCCCUCCAUUUACAAACUCCAAUGUUAUGGGGUCAUCAUCCAAUGAUGAUCUUCGUGAGAUGAUGAAAACUUUGGCUUCUAACACUGUGACCUUGCAAUAAAAUGUCAUGUCUUUUCAACAAGAAACAAGGUCAAGUAUUCACAACUUGGAGAAGCAAAUGGGGCAAGUAGCUUCAAGUGUGGGGAAAUUGGAAGCACAAAUGAAUGGAAAAUUGCCCUCCCAAGCAUUGAAUCCAAAAGAGAAUGUUAGUGCGAUCAUGCUGCGAAGUGGGAAAGAACUUGAAGAGAAAAGUUCGAAACAAAUUGAGAUGAAGGAAGAAGAAGAGAUAGAAACUGAAUUGAAUACAAAGAAGAAACAUCCUCCUCCUCCACAAACUGAAACAAAGACCAACACUCCAAAGGUAACUCCUCACUUAAUGAAUUCCAGUUUUAAAACAAUUCCACCCUUUCCUGUGAGUUCUUCUAGGUCAAAGAAAGAAGACAAAGAAAAAGAGAUCUUAGAGGUUUUCAAGAAAGUGGAACUGAACAUUCCUUUGCUUGAUGCUAUCAAGUGAAUUCCCAAGUAUGCAAAAUUCUUGAAGGAGUUGUGUACUACAAAGAGAGCUUUCAAACUGAAAGGUCAUGAAACGAUAAGUAUGGGUGAAGUUGUAUCUACCAUUGUUCAAGAGAAUCUGCCUUUGAAACAAAAAGACCCAGGUGCGUUUACUAUCCCAUGUGUUAUUGGUAAUGCUAGUUUUAAAAGAGCUUUAUGCGAUUUAGGUGCAUCCAUUAGUGUUAUGCCUAAACAUGUUUAUGAUUCUCUUAGUCUAGAGCCUUUGAAUAAAACUAGUAUUGUAAUACAACUUGCGGAUCGUAGUUUUGUUUACCCACUUGGUGUGAUAGAAGAUGUCCUAGUCAAGAUUGAUAGUUUGGUUAUUCCAUGUGACUUUUAUAUUCUUGAUAUGGAACAUGAUUCUUGUGAUUCAUCAACCAGCACUCCUAUAUUGUUUGGGAGACCAUUGUUGAAAACUGCCAACACAAAGAUUGAUUGUGGUAAGGAUACCUUGUCUAUGGAGGUAGGAGAUGAAAAAAUUGAAUUUAAUUUUCAUGAUGCAAUGACAUAUCCUUGUAGCAAUGUUUAUUCUAUCACAUGUUAUGACCAAGUUGAUAAGUGUGUGCAGCAAGUUUUUGAUUUUGAUUGUGAGGAUGGAUUAAGCAUAGC